UUGGGCCAAUGUACUUUCUGUGUAGGUGCUGGGUCGCCGAGAGGGGCGGCUGUCACGCCACGGAGACACUCGGCGAAUGUGGAGCUCUCGUGGAAGAAGUCGGUGGAGAUCCGACCCGCUCUGCUCUUCCCCUAUCAAAUGCCGGGGCUCAAGCCGGAAGCCAAACAAACCGGUCUUUCGGGAGUGCAAAUCCUGUUGUCGGCCGACAGGUGCGAGUCGCUCGGGCCAGCCUGCUCGACGGCAGCAGCGGGCGUCAGGCCGAGUCUGUUGGUCGAGCGGAGCAGGCGCGCCGGUGCCUGUCGGGCCGACGAGACCGAGGCCUGCGGAGACCGGGAGCGAGUUGGAGAGAGUUGCGAGACCGGAGCAAAGCAGGCGGAAGAGGGCGAGGAGGAGGAAAUGGCGGCGGCGGCGGCGGUGGCGAAGGAUGAGGAGGAGGCGGCGGAGGAGGAGGAUGAGGAUGAGGAUGAGGAGGAGAAUGACGAAGAGGACGAGGACGGCAACGAAGGAGACUCGGGCGGCGACGAAGAGGAGGCGGAAGAGGAGGCGGGCGACGAGCGGCGAGACCCGUCGGUUGCAGACCACGCCGAUUCGUCGGCUGCGCGUCCGGCCAGCCGAGGCUCGGACCGGACUGACGUUGAGUCCGGUCGCACAGGUCACAAUCUCGAGUGUCAAGUGGGCCAAACGGAGGCUGCGUUGACGGGUCGUCAACGAGUCUGUGCCUUGCAGCGCUCGGCUCAGCGGGACCGUCACAAGCCCAUCGGUCCGCCAGGCAAAGAGCCGGCCGUGGCUGAGGUUGCGCCGUCUGUUAGGCUGUCGGCCCAGCAACUGGCUUGUCUCGACAACCGAUUGCUCGACGGAGGCAGCGCUUUUUUGCAUCGUCUUUUCUGUCCACUGGCC